ACUUUUUUAUUUUAUUUUUAUUUUUUCCGAAGUGGGAACAGAAAGUAUUUCAUAAGCAUAAGAUUCUGGCUUUGAGAGAAUAUGAAUUGAAGAGUUGGGUUUUUUUUUUUUGUUUGUUUGAGGUGGAAUUGUAAUGGAUUUUUAUUGUUGAAAUUGGUUUUUGGUUUGAUGGGAAUUUGUCAGGGGAAAGAGAUGAGGAAGUCGUUUAAGGACUCACUCAAGGCUCUUGAAGCUGAUAUUCAAUUUGCCAAUACCCUGUAAAGAUCUCUCUCUUUAUUUUUGGAGUGAUUUAUUUUCGGCAGAAUAUGCUGGUAUUACACAAUUCUGUGUUUUUCUUCAUCUGAAAUUACCAGAAUUCUACUGCGUUGUGAGGGAAAUACUGAUUUUGUUUCUAGAUUAAAGUUUUUCCCGGGUGGGGUUUGAUCGGAUAUGUGGGGUUUUUCUUUUCUUUUUUAAUUUUUCCUUUUUUUUAGUUUCUUCAUUAUUUUGCUUUUUAAGCAUCCGGGUAUUCACCUGUGCUGUAGAAUUAUAUUCACUGGCCAGUUCAAUCAUAUUUUUAGCUGCUUUUGAUUGAUUUGUUUAUUUUCCUCUUUUUUAGACUGUUUGCUUUUUCUUUUCAUGCGCAUUCACAUCUACAGAACUGGCUCUGUUGGUUGUAGUGUGGAGUGGUAGAAGCUUGUUUUUGUUUCAGGGAAUUGAUCAGAUCAACAUAUUCUAUUUGGCUUAAAUGUUACUUUGUGAUUUCCAUAUUUUUUUUUUGACCCUGUAGCUGUACAAGUACUUUUUGAAGCUCGAAUUUUAUGAUUUUGUUGACUAUUCCUCGAAGCAUCUAUUUGAGAAAAUGCAUAUUUUUUUUCAAUAUUUUUCAAUCAGGUUGAUGGUAAUUGCUAAAAAGGAUGUAGAGAAACCUUCCAACAACAAGAUUACUGCAGUUUGUCUUGUGGUUAUGUCUGUUAGUCUGUUAGUUCCUAUUUUGGAAGUUAAAAUUGAUUUAAGGCUAGAUAGACAGAAGAAUGCUUGUCUACUUAUGCUCAUGUAGCUCCAGCUGCAGUUUGAUUUUAUGAGCCCGCCCUGUUCUGAGUGCCAAUCAGUUGGCAUUCAUAUUUGGCACAUUUGGUAUGUUGUAAGCUGCCCAACUUCCCUGAUCCCAGGCAAUAAUAUCAGGAAUUGCUUUCCCCUUGCACCUGUUCAAUAUUUUUGAACGCCAGAUACCAUUUCAGUGCAUUAAUUUUCACUUUGUUCCAAUUAUUUGUUCAUAUCCCGAACGAUAAGGGGCUUCUGACUACCCAAGAGAAUAUGAUGGAGCCUGCCUUCAAAUGAGAUUAUCCUACAGUUCGGCAGCUCAUGCUUUUCUUUUUCUUGUCCAGUGGACUGAUUGUCGCCUGGCUGGGGCACUUGGUUUGCUUAGAAUACUUAUAUAUAAGGGAGUGAUGAAUAAUGGUCUUAUGCAGGCAUAUGUGGAUGGGAAGACUACCAUUUCUAUUCAUGAAAGGAAAGCUAGUAUUAGAGAAUUCUAUGGGGUGAUAUUUCCCUCUUUAUUACAACUUCAAAGAGGAAUUACUGAUGUCGAAGACCAGAAACAGAAAGAGAUUUGUGCAGCCAAGUACAGAAAGAAAGAUGAGAUGUAUAAGGGAAAGUUCUCUGAAAUUGAUAUAGAGAGAGAAGAAGAAUGUGGUAUUUGCAUGGAGAUACAAACUAAAAUCGUUUUGCCCGCUUGCAAUCAUUCAAUGUGUAUGAAGUGUUACCGCAAUUGGCGGGCUCGGUCUCAUUCAUGCCCUUUCUGCCGCGACAGUCUCAGGAGAGUGGAUUCAGGUGACCUGUGGAUCUACACAAGCAAGAAUGAGAUUGUUGAUUUGGCCUCCAUCUCUAGGCAGAAUUUGAAGCGACUUUUUAUGUACAUCGAUAAGUUGCCGCUCAUUACUCCGGAUCCAAUUCUUGUUUCUUAUGAUCCUUGCUACCGGUAAGGGCUUAUUCUUCAAAGGAAAAAUUGUAUAUAACAUCUGGUUGGUUGUACGCAAUUCAUGAUUCCAUUUCCUUUUAUCAGGUGAUUUAGAAAGUGCCAACAUUUGUUGAUUGCUGUUGGCUUGCUUCAAUUUGAUGCCUCUGGAUCAUGCUUAUUCAUUGGAUUUUUUAUAUAAUAGUCAAAUUUUAACGUGGGAGCAUUUCUUGUCUCACCUA